GGCCCACCAAAGAGCUAGAGUCGAAAAAUUCUAACGACCAUGUUGGAGACAUGGAAAAUGAUAGGAAUGGUUAUAUACAUAUAUUGUUACAAUAGACCUGUCAUGUAUUAUGUAUAUAGUUUCAUCUGCUAGAGUUCAAAUUAGGAAAUAGAGUUUCUCUGAUGGAGGAGAAAACAGCAGCUCAUGUUACUUGUUCUAAUGGCAAAACUAGACUUAUCCAGACACUGGUAUUGGGAAUAGUAGUGAUAAUCUUUCUCGGGUAUAGUUUCAUGUGGAUUAUGAUGCCAACCUCUGCUUAUAGAGAAUAUUUCUACCCGAAAAUUCGGGCUCAGACAAAUUCCACUUUCUUUGGAACACAAGGUACAACAAUUCUUGUUUACACAUUUCCAGUGCUGUUGAUAUCUGUUCUGGGCUCUGUAUAUCUUCACUUGGGACUGAAACUUGCAAGUACUAAUAGCUGUGAAAUAAAAAGGAAGUCUAUGUUCAGUUGGUGGAAGAGGCCGAUGAUCAUCAGAUGCCUCGGGAUUGUUUCUUGGAUAGAACUCUUCAUUUUCGUGAUGUUUAUUGCUCUCCUGGUUUGGACUUUCUCAGCUUACUUGCAUUACUUCUUUAAUCACAUGGACAUUUUCAAAGAAAUAGGGCAGGGCAAGAGGUGGGAAGCUAAACUGAGCAUUAUAGGUCUAACUCUAGGAAUUGUUGGCAACAUAUGUCUUACCUUUCUCUUCUUUCCGGUGACACGAACUUCAUCGGUGUUGCCUCUCCUUGGUUUGACCUCAGAGGCCAGCAUCAAGUAUCAUAUUUGGCUUGGACAUAUAACCAUGUUCCUUUUUACAGCUCACGGCCUGUGUUAUAUCGUCUACUGGGCUGUCACAAAUCGUUUAUCAUCAAAGAUUCUGGAAUGGAAAAAAACACAUGUAUCAAAUGUGGCUGGGGAGAUUUCUUUGUUGUUUGGAUUAGCGCUAUGGGUGACAACAUUUCCUCGCAUUAGGCGAAAAAUGUUUGAGCUCUUCUUUUACACACACUACCUCUACAUUUUAUUCAUUGUCUUCUUCAUUUUUCAUCUUGGCUUCAACUAUUUUUGCUAUAUGCUUCCCGGUUUCUAUCUCUUCAUGGUUGAUCGUUUCUUGAGGUUCCUACAAUCCAGACAAUGUGCCCAGUUAGUCUCCGCUCGCGUCCUGCCUUGUGAGACUGUUGAGCUCAACUUCUCCAAAGAUCAAGGAUUGAGUUACACUCCAACAAGCAUCAUAUUUAUUAAUGUUCCCAGCAUUUCCAAGCUGCAGUGGCAUCCUUAUACAAUUAGUUCCAGCAGUCAUUUGGAACCUGAGAUUCUUAGUGUUAUUAUUAAAAGUGAAGGAAGUUGGACUCGGAAGCUUUACCAGAAGCUUGCUUCACCAUUUCCCAUUGAGCAUCUUCAAAUCUCUGUUGAAGGCCCUUAUGGACCUGCUUCAACUCACUUUCUGAGGCAUGAUAAACUAAUUAUGGUUACUGGAGGCAGUGGCAUAGCGCCAUUCAUUUCUAUAAUCCAUGAACUACUCUUCAUGAACUCAACUAAAAAAUGCAGACCUCCUCGCAUUCUCCUCAUUAGUGCAUUCAAGAAUUCCUCAGAGCUCACUAUGCUAAACCUCAUUCUUCCAAUUUCAAAUGCCUCAUCCAGAUAUUCUAAUCUGGAACUACAGGUAGAGGCAUACGUGACCCGAGAGAUGGAACCACCUACAGAAAGCCCAAAACCCCUGCAAACAAUAUGGUUCAAGUCAAACACCCUUGAUGCACCAAUAUCCACAACUUUAGGCCAAUACAGUUGGUUAUGGCUCGGAGUCAUAACAUCAUCAUCGUUUAUAAUCUUCCUUCUUACCAUGGGAUUUCUUACGCGCUUCUACAUAUAUCCUAUAGAUCACAAUACUAAUAAGGUGUUCUCAAACUCAUUAAGGUCUGUGUUGAAUAUGCUACUCAUGUGCAUAUCUAUACUCGUGACAGCCUCUGCAGCUUUUCUCUGGAACAAGAAACAAAGUUCCAUAAAAACCAACCAGGUUAAGAAGGUUAUAGAAUUGUCACCAUUAAAGCAUAAUUCAUGGGUUGACACUCCUAUUGAUAGAGAACUCGAAAGUCUUCCUUACCAGUCCCUGUUGGAAACUAAGAAUGUGCAUUAUGGUCGAAGGCCUGAUCUUAGGGGAAUUUUAAUGGAACAUGAAGAAGCAAGCGUUGGUGUUCUGGUAUGUGGUCCGAAGAGUAUGCGCCACCAAGUGGCAAACAUAUGUUCAUCAAGCUUGGCAAAAAAUUUACAUUUUGAAUCCAUAAGUUUUAGUUGGUGAUCCACCAUCAUCGUUAACUGUUAUAGUUAAAGUUAGCGUUUUCCUGUAUAGUAAUAAUGUCUCCCCCUCUCAUCUCAAUGCCCAACUGAAUCAUAUUGUUAUUCUACUUUUUGAUUAAUCAAUCGGAAGGACUUCAAAGCUCUAAUACUCUUUUUGAAACAA